GCUGAAACGAUGUUGGGAUGAGAAGAGGAAGCAGCCUUCGUCCACUUUCAUGGCUUCUUCUUCCUCUAUGGCCACUGGGUGGAGCUACGAUGUGUUCCUCAGCUUCGAAGACGAAGACACCCGUGACACGUUCACCGGCUAUCUCUGCAGCCAUCUCCAAAGAAAAGGGAUCAUCGCAUUCAUGGAAGAAGAAGAGACGAGGCGUGGAGAGCAGAUCGCUGCUGCAGUCCUGGAUGCGAUUAAAGGAUCUAGAUUUUUGAUUGUUGUAUUCUCCCGAAACUAUAUGACGUCCUCCCGGUGCUUGGAUGAGCUUGCGAGUAUAGUCGAAUGCAGUGAAUCGAAGGGGAAGACGAUAAUCCCGGUCUUCUACAGGGUUGAGCCACUGGAUUUGCGGGAACGAAAAGGAGAUCUGGGAAGAGCAAUGGAGGUGUUCGAGGAAAGGUUUAAGGAUGACAUGGAGAAGGUGCGGAAGUGGCGGGACGCAGUGCUCAGAACCUCUAAUAUCUUUGGAUGGAAGUUCGACAGAGGGUAUGAGUCGGAAAUUGUUGAAAAAAUAGCACAGGAUGUCUCAGGAAGAGUAGGUCGAACCCUCUUAUACACUACUGAGCCCCCAACUGGAAUGGACUCUCUCUUGAAUGAGUUGAAAUCACUCUUAGGUAAUGGGUCACUGGAGAUUUGUGUGAUCGGGUUAUGUGGAAUCGCUAAGUCAACCAUUGCCAAAGCCUGCUAUAAUUCACUGUUUGAAAGUUUCGAAGGUAGCAGCUUCCUAGCAAAUGUCAGUGCAACUUCGAAGCGUGGCAAUGGUCUGGUACAGUUGCAAGAAAUAUUUCUCAUCGAAAUCCUAGGAAACAAUGAUAAUGUGAAGGUGUUUGAUGUUGCUAGAGGGAUCAAUCUGAUAAGGGAAAGGCUUCAUAACAAAAGGGUUCUUAUAGUUCUUGAUGACGUGGAUCACUUAGAUCAGCUUGAAGCAUUGGCGGGUAGCCGUGAUUGGUUUGGCCCAGGUAGUCGAAUCAUUAUAACGGCUAGAGAUGAGCACUUACUAGUUGUGCAAGGCGUGGACAGAAGUUACAGGAUAGAUGAACUAUGUGAUCACAAUGAUGAUGCACUUCAACAUAUUGGGUUUCCUCAUGAUGAGAUUCGUCAAAUAUACAAAGCAAACUUUGAUGCUAUGGGACAUCAUGAGAAGGCCAUAUUCCUCGACAUUGCCUCUUUCUUUAGCGGAGAGAAUAAAGAUAAUGUUGUGAAAGUGCUGAGCAACUGUAACUUAUACCCGGAUAUCGGAAUUCCUCUCCUUGUUGAUAAGUCUCUGGUACAUAUUAAGGGCAACAAGCUGUCCAUAAAUGAUUUGGUGCAACAUAUGGGUAGAGCUAUAGUUCGCCAAGAAUCGCCAAAUCCAGGAAACCGCAGCAGGCUUUGGUUUCAUGAAGAUGUUCUGCGAGUGUUAGAAGGAAAUACUGGAACUGAUGCAAUUGAGGGUAUGCUGGUGAACAUACCCAGGGCCAACGAGAGAGUCUUGAAUGCUAAAGCCUUUGCAAAUAUGAAGAGGCUCAGAUUGCUCAUCAUCAAGAAUGCUUGUUUCUCUAGUGGGCCCAAACAUCUCCCGAAUGAGUUGAGGUGGCUCGAGUGGAAUAAUUAUCCCUCACCUUCUCUGCCAUCAGACUUCCGUCCAAAGAAACUUACCAUGCUUAGAUUGCACUCUGGCUCAAUCACACAGUUAUGGGAUCGAUUUAAGAUGUGUUUGAAUCUGGCAAUCGUAGAAUUAACAAAAUGUGAUUCAUUAUGUGAGAUUCCCAACGUCUCGGCAAUCCCAAACCUUGAGAAAUUGAUUGUCAAACACUGCACAAGUUUAGUUAGUGUUCACGAAUCAGUCGGCUUUCUAGAGAAGCUUGUCGUGUUGAGUUUUGAAGGAUGCUCCAACCUCAGAAGAGUUCCCGCAAAGUUGAGAUUAGUAUCACUUGAGACUCUAGACCUCAGUGGCUGUUCGAAUCUAGAGAAGUUUCCAGAUAUCUCGGCAAGGAUGGAAAGUGUUGAAAGCAUUGAUAUCUCAUGUACUGCAGUAAAAGAAUUGCCUUCCUCUAUAGAAAACCUCACUGGGCUUAGAUACAUUAAAUUAAACUCCUGCAAAAACCUCAAAGCUCUUCCAACCAACAUAUAUAGCCUGCAGAAGAUCAAGGACCUUUAUCUAAAAGGCUGCACCAGGCUUCAGGAAUUCCCGAUGUAUAAAAGUUCUCUUGCUAAAAUAGAAACAGGGUUUCCAUUGUUAGAAUCCUUUGAUGCAUCAACUUGUGGCAUAUCUAAUUUAAAUUUCCUUGAAGCUCCAAACUGCUUUACCAAGCUACAGUAUCUGAAUCUGUCGAGGAAUAACUUGGUUACACUUCCCUCAUGCAUUAGUAAAUUUUCCGAGUUGAAGUUUCUUCAUUUGGAAGACUGCAAGCAGCUAAGAGAAAUGCCAGAGCUUCCCCCAAAUUUAACCUAUCUAAACGCGAAAGGUUGCAAGUCCUUGGAGAGGCUUCACAUGAGGAAUCUAUGGUCGACUGCCAAAUUCAAACUUAACUUUUCAAACUGCCACAAACUGAGUGAAACUCAACUCACCGAGAACUUGUUGCACGAGGCAUCCUUUACAGACAAUGAGUUUCAAGUCAUAAUCCCCGGAAGUGGCAUUCCUUAUUGGCUCUCAUAUCGAAGUUCGGAUAAUUCAAUGUGCUUCGAGGUGCAAUCUUGUGUGCGUGAAAAACUAGUCGGGCUGAUUGUUUCCACAGCUUUCUGUUUGAAGGAUACAGCAUUGGUCAUCUUGAAGUGUAAUGUUUCCAUAAAUGGAGAAACCGUGGUCUCUUCAGGCACUAAUCUUGAUAAAUUAUUAGAGUUGGAUCACAUGUGGCUGGGCUAUUUUCCCCUUUUUCAGAGCUUAGAAGAGAUCCGGGAUGGUUGGAAUCAAGUGGAGGUAUCACUUAAAUUCCUGGAAGGAGAGGACAAGGAAUCCUCAAUGGUGAAGGUAAAGGGGUUUGGGGUCCACUUUCUGGGCGAACUUGAUAAGGAGAAGGCGAAUGGUUCUGCUGUUCGGGUCCUCUUCCCGGAGAUUUGCAGCUGCCUCAAGGGGAGAGCUGCUAACAUGUCAUUUGAUUCAAUGGAAGAUGUUCAGUUAAGUAGGACAAAAGGCCUUGAUGAUCAUAAAGUCCACAUCUGGGAAGGUGAACAUAUUUUGCGCCCGAAUAGUAGCCAAGAUAUCCCGAAUGCUGCAAUUCCAAAACAAAAUCGCAACCUUGCAGGAAAUUUUAUUUCAAUCAGCACUGAUUUGCUUCCAAAGAAGCUGAAGAAGAAUCCAUGCUACCUCAGACGUAGAAAAUGGCUGAUUGGGCUGGGACCGAGGUUAAUCUUUUUUAAGAUCACUAUGAGGAAGAAGAAACGAAGAAACGAAAAGAAAAAGGAAAGAAAGUGAGGAGCCUAAAGUCUAUGAAAGCCAGAAUUGCAGCAGCAGUUAAGUUCUCUCUCUCGUUGACUUGAAACUGUUGUAUAGAGCUCGUGCCAUGAAGUCGGGCAGAUUAUGAAGCUAGUUAACUGUUACAAACUCUGAACUUCAGUGUAGGUAUCAUCAUGAAAUGCUUUUGAUUUUCCGGUACUCCAUAAUAAAUCUGCAGGCUGGAUAUUAUACUCUGUUUGGCCUUGGCUAGAAGUCUGGUUUUAAGACA